AUGUCAGAUCCUGCUCCAUACUUCACGGGGCCAACAACUCAUUCUUGGCAAGAAAUCCUCCCAUCUGGAUCCAACACAGGAUCACCAUGGCAAUAUGCCUACCCAGCCUGCCUUCCCGAUCAAAGAAUCCUCAUGCUACCAAUCAGACAAACCGCUCCCAACGAGGCAGUUGCUUCUCUUUUGACCACCCAUGCCGCUAUUGAUGUCGCAGACGAGCUCGGAGAAUACCUCGCUGAGAUUGUCCGUGAAUACAAUCCGGAGGUCAUCGUCGGUCUUCCUACCUUGGGAUUGAGCGUUGCUAGAACGGUUGCUAAGGCUUUGGGUCAUAAACGAUACAUUGCUCUUGGCUACUCACGCAAAUUCUGGUACACGGACGCCCUUUCUACCCAAGUAUCUUCCAUCACGUCUCCCGACCAUCUCAAGAAAAUUUAUGUAGAUCCACAUACUGUACCUCUUCUCACGGGUAAGAAGAUCUUUAUUAUCGAUGAUGCAGUUUCGUCUGGUAAGACGUUGAAGAUGAGUUGGGAUUUACUGGAGAGUAGUAAUGUGGGCUGUGAAGUCUUGGGUGCAGGCGUGAUCAUGAAGCAAGGAGAGAACUGGAGGGGUCAGCUGGGGCCAGACCGGGAGGAGAAGCUGAAUUGGGUUUUCAACAGCCCGUUGUUAAGACGGGUAGAUGGGGGUUGGGACACUAGGUAG